AUGUCGUCAACGGCGGAGCUGGAUGAGACCGAAGUCCUCGUGAUCGGCGGCGGCAUCGCGGGCUGCGCGAUCGCCUACGGCCUCUCGCAAGCCGGGCGCAAAGUGACCAUGAUUGAGCGCGACCUGUCCGAGCCGGACCGAAUCGUCGGCGAGCUGCUGCAGCCCGGCGGUGUUGCGGCCCUCGAAGCCCUCGGCAUGGCGGACACGCUCGAGGGCCUCGACGCGACGCCCGUCGAGGGAUACUGCGUCAUCAGCGGCGAGCGGCAGGUCGAGAUCCCCUACCCCAAGAUCGGGGAGGAGGUGGAUGCCAUGCUCGACCUGGGCGAGAAGGAGGGACACGAGAACGGCCAUGCCGAUGGCGUUGCGUGUCGCGCGAACGGAAACGGCACGAAUGGAACGACGAAUGGCGAACGCAAGGCGGCGGCGUACUGGCCCGUCAGCUCCAAGUCGGGCAAGAAGGAGGGCCGCUCCUUCCACCACGGGCGGUUCAUCCAGUCCCUCCGGCGCAAGGUUGCCACGUCGUCCACGACAAUCCUCGAGGCGACGGUGCGCGACCUGAUCUACUGCCCGCACUCGAAGCAGGUCAUCGGCGUCAAGUGCACAGCAAAGGGUUCCGCAGAGGAAGUCAAGCUCUACGCCCCCCUGACCAUCAUCGCGGACGGGUGUUUCUCCAAGUUCCGUAGUGCGCCUGGUGCGGCUCUCCCGACGCCACAACUGAGGAGCUACUUUGUCGGUCUCGUGCUCAAGGACACGCAGCUGCCGAUCCAGAACCACGGCACGGUGUGUCUUACGCCAGCUGGACCCGUGCUGCUGUACCAGAUUGGAAACGAGGCGAGGGAGACUCGCAUGCUCGUCGACGUGAAGCCCGUCGAGGGCAAGCUGCCCUCUGUGGCUGAUGGAAGCUUGAAGCGCCACAUCCUGGACGACUUUGUCCCACACCUCCCGCCCACGCUGCAAGCGGGCGUCAAGCACGCGCUGGACACGGACCGGCUGCGCUCGAUGCCCAACUCCUUCCUGCCGCCGAGCAUGCAGGGCCUGUCGUCCGGCAUGUCUGGCGCGAUCAUGCUCGGCGACGCGUGGAACAUGCGCCACCCGCUUACGGGCGGCGGCAUGACGGUCGCGUUCAACGACGCCGUGCUCCUCACCCGCAUCCUUGCGCCGAGCGAGUCCCUGCCCGCCGGCCGGGAGGGACUCGAGAAGUGGGACGUGAUCUCUGGCCGGCUGCAGGACUGGUUCUGGGCGCGCAAGGAUCUGGCCGGUACUGUGAACGUGCUGUCUAUUGCGCUUUAUGACCUCUUUGGCGGCGCGGACGGGGAUCUCGAGGUGCUCCGCGAGGGAUGUUUCCGCUACUUUGAGCUCGGAGGCGAGUGUGUCGCCGGCCCCGUUGGGUUGCUCUCCGGCCUCAGGCCUGAGCCCUUUACCCUCUUCUGGCACUUCUUCAAGGUCGCUUUCUACUCCAUCGCCAUCUUGUUCAAGUUUGGAAAACCGGGAGCCAAGUCCAAGCCCGGAGCGGCCGAGUGGCCCGCCCUCGUCGCUUACAGCUUCAAGGUUUUCUGGACGGCUUGUGUCGUCUUCCUCCCCGUCAUGCUGAGCGAACUGAAGAGCAACACGCACAGGCAGAAGAAGGUCGCGCAGUAG